UCUGUAGGUCAAUGCUGUUCCCCUCAAGUCCUCAUGGGUGAUGACCUGUGCAUAUGCUCCUUCUGGAAACCUUGUGGCCAGCGGUGGUCUCGACAACAUGUGUACAGUCUACAACUUGAAGACACCCGUAAUCAAGACCGUGAAAGAAUUAGAUGCUCAUACAGGUUACUUGUCCUGUGCACGCUUCCUCAGUGACACAGAGAUUCUAACCUCCUCUGGUGAUACCACAUGUGCAUUGUGGGAUUUGGAGACUGGAAAGCAGAAGACUGUUUUCCUGAACCAUGUUGGUGAUUGCAUGUGUCUGUCUCUGUCUCCGGACAUGAACUCCUUUGUUUCUGGUGCUUGCGACUCUCUGGCCAAGCUGUGGGACAUCAGGGAUGGCCAGUGCAAGCAAACCUUCCAGGGUCACACGAGUGACAUCAACGCCAUUUCAUUCUACCCUAGUGCCAAUGCAAUUAUCACUGGCUCGGAUGACUGCACGUGCAAAAUGUAUGAUAUUCGUGCCGAUCAAGAAGUGAUCAGUUACCAGGAUGCCGCACUGAACAGCGGCGUAACAUCACUGGAU